CACUCGAUCAAGCUAAAAACCGAGAGCGCGCAGUUAGUUACAUUGCACUUGUCCAACUGUGCAGUUCGUAAAGUAUUCUACUCGCAAAUAAAAUGGCACUAGAUACAGCACAUGAAAUUCAAUGGCUGGCAAAUGAAAUUCUGCCUAAAAUUCUAAAAAGCGGCCGCUUGCUAGGCGCGUUUGAUGAGUCACAGUUGGAAUCUUUUAAAGUGGCUGAUAUUGAAAUUGCAAUUAUUGGCGUCGAGGAGGCAUUUAUGAUGACGCGUUGCUACCGCGCCACGGUCAACUUUGAAUACGCUGGGGUGCAGCAUCAGCGUAAGCUUGUUGUUAAAAGAACGCCAGAGCUACCGCCACAGAUGUAUGCAGAAAUAAUGUUUGAUGAACUAUUUAGCAAUGAAAUAAAAUUCUAUACGGAAAUACUGCCCAUAAUAGAUCAGUUGUCGCAGAGCAAGUUUACUACGCCCAAAUAUUACUAUAGUGAGCUGCAACCCAAUGCUGCUGUGAUUAUAUUGGGUGAUUUUGGCGUGGACAACUGGUGGUUGCCCAAGCAAAGAUUCGGACUAAGCCUUGAACAUGCUACGCUUGCUGUUCAGUAUCUGGGUCGUUUUCAUGGCCUGGGCUAUGCCAUGAAGCACACGCAAGCGAACAAGUUUAAGGCGUUGACUUGCCAGUUCAAAGAGUCGCGUUUUAAAAAUGAAAAUCCGAGGUUUGCUUUGUUGCAAGAAAUAACACAGCAGCGCUUGCUCAAGGUCACUAGUCGCUAUCAACCGCAAGUGGAUAAAGAUUUUCUCGACCAAUAUCAGAGUUUGACACAUUCCUUUAUGAACUAUGGCAAACAGCUUGUGGCACCGCAGGAGCCUUUAGCCACUAUCUGUCAUGGUGAUUAUCUGCGUAAUAAUAUUGCUUACAAGUAUGAUAAGGAUACGCCCGUGGAUGUUAUGAUGUUUGACUAUCAGACAAUGCGUCUCUGUUCCCCCAUGAUAGAUCUCACCCUGUUUUUGUCACUUUCCACUCUGACCGACGUGCGUUGCAGGCAUUUCGAAAAGCUCUUUGAUGAUUACUGUGCUGCUCUUUUUUCUAGUUAUAUUGAAAAUACACAGCUGCCACUGCCUGACUUUCUCAAUCGCGAGAACUUGCUCAAGGAGUACAUACGCUUUUUGCCCCACUCCCUUGGUAUUGCGUCAUUUUUUCUAGCGAUACUCGUAGAUCCAUUGGCUUUGCCACAGAGUGACAUGUUUACCGCUGAAAUUAAUGAGGAGCUCAUUCAAGCUAUAUCGAAUGUUGGUGGAGAACUGGUCGAUCAUGAGCUGGCGCAUCAAAUGCGGGAACUGUUUGAGCUGAGCAAAGCCCACAAUGUGCAAAUUGACAAAAAUAUUGAUAUUACUGAAUGGGUUCAUAAUUUAGAAUUGUAAUCGCUUUAACUAACCUUAACCUCUAACCUGACGAAGUAAAUAAAUUCACAAAUUUAUUUCUGGCAUUCAAU